AUGACGACCUCCACAGGAGGAAAAAUGUGGGACGCCAUUCAUUUCUACAAGGCGUACUUGCCGCCGGCGGAGUCCAACAGGACCCUUCAAUACGUUGUGUUGGCGCUGGAUGAUGAAAGCAGCUCGGGUUUUGCGGCGCCUAGGAACUGCUCUGUGUGUGUUGAAUCAACCGAGAAGAGAGUCUACCCUCUUCUUCGUGAAAGCGUACACGUGCGCCUAUCGGAUGGUCCGCCUAUGAUAAAACGAGACUGUGACAUAUACAGUGCAUCAUCUAGUGAGUCCAACGAAAAAACGAAUAUGCAGAAAAGACUCCGUUUCUUUCUUUGUAAGAAGGAGGAUGUGGUACCCCCGCAACUCAAGCAGCUGCUGGGAAAGGUGAAUUAUUGUUUUCUACUGUGUGGGAAGAGUUUCCAUGGGGAGGCGUGCAGUUGUAACAAGGCCCACUUUUUAAACAAAUCCGUAUGGCGUUUGGAACUGAGCACUUUUGGCUUCAAAGAGUUUUAUGUAUCUAGCGGUUUUUAUGUGCAUUGUAUCAAAACAGAGCAGAUACGACCAACAGCUGGAUUUUUAUUUGCUUGUGGACUUCUUCAUGAGGGUGUCAUUGAGGCCGCGCAACCCAUUCUUUGCCGUUAUAAUGAACGAUGCCGAUACGGUUCACGGUGUCUUUUUGUCCACGCUGAUAUUCGAACGGAGGAGAGAACGGCAAUGCAGGCAUCAUUGCCCUUGAAAAGUCUCCUCAAGGCAGAGUCCCGUUUACCCAUGUUUUUGUCACAAUUGGAUGAGUUGGGAUUACAUACGGUAGGCGAUGUACAGCAGUUGAGCAACAAUGCCUUUGAUGCCAUUGUGGCUAGGAGUGAGCCUUGUUGGCUCGUUCAAUGGCUAAACAUUGCCCUCGUGCGCGAUAUUCAAACAAAGCAUAUGCUAAAAAAUGUACUUGCCACUUUUCCGGAUAUCGCUACACCUGUGUCAUUGCCGCCCUGUUUGACAAAUGUCUUGUCACUGAUCCAACUCUCUGUUAAGGAGUUCUAUUCAUUAGUGCUACCCGUGAAGGUUCAGGCGGCGUGUGAGCAAAUCCGUACUCGAUUUGAGCCUGACCGGCAUCACAACAUUGUGGACUUGAGGAAAGAGCCCGAAGGCUCCUUUCUUUCCAAACUGUGUCCCAUCAUUAUGUCAUUUCGUCAGAAGAACGCUCAUGUUAGUUGGCGCAAAAAAGAUCCGAAUAGACCUGUUGUGACGUCCUUAAUAACGUAUAUUGACCCUGAAGAAUGCGAUUGUCAGGUGGACUGUAGUGGACGUGGGAGACCCCCAGCCCUGAUAAAACCCAACGGCCGAGAAAGGGAGGAGAAGCAUCCACGUAGUACAUGGUGCAACUGCACGAGGUCCUUUGUGUUGGCAGUUAACUAUGAGCUUAGCACACCCAGCGGAUCACGGUGUUCUGAACAGAACGCGUUGGGCAAGCUUGCAUCUAUGGGGUUGCCAACUAGCGCCAUACGAGAAAUCUUUGUCCAUGGUGAAAUGUUGGGUUCGAAGAAGGAUCCAAAUCCGUUGUUUCCAUGUGGUGUAUGUGAAAAUAUGCUGCGCAAGGUUACCCGUGACGUGCACGACGCAUACGGGGGGGAUGUCGUUUUGUACAUGUUUGACUCCACAGUAAAUCCAAAAAAACUUGUUUACCUUCCUAUCAAUGAGAUCUCGUAUCGUGGUGGGAGUGGUUUUAAGAAGUUUCUUGCCGAUUUGCGUGAUGAGUAA